ACUACCAGAACGGCACGACUUGGACGAAUCGAAACCAAAAUCGAGCCACAUGGAGGAGAAGACGUCCUAGGCAAUACUCGCCUUCCCCGAAGCGAAGAGAACGUGCCGUCCCGAUACACCGUGGCCGCGAGGAAAUUGCAGCCCAAGAUUUCCGGUUCAGGCGCGGGCGUCGUGGGCGGUGCUGCUGCCGCAGCGACUGACUCGGAGUAGCUCGCUACCCACUCCAGACCUGCAACAAAGUCCCCGUUCCCGUUCCCCCAUCGGCGGUCGGCGACGCGGCGGCGACCCGUUCUUAUACAUACUGCUCCGAGAUUUGACCUCUCACCGGAGCUUUCGGUGGCGGCGGCGACUGAUGAUCCCUAGGGAACCGCCGCUGCAGCGCGACGACUAGCCGCAGCUGACGAUCCCGCCGGCCGCCACGCCCGAGAUGAUGGAGAAUCAUCAAAUCGAGAUGGGGGCAAUCAAGGCGAACGGUCUGGAGGUGCCAAAUGGCGGUCUUCGGUCAAGCGUGAUGCCGUCCUGGAGCUUGCACAAGCCUGUGGGCAGAGUAUUGCAGAGCAUCAGGACCGUCAUUUUCACGUCCAAGCUCAACUUGCUGAUGCCGUUUGGGCCUGCAACCAUUGUUCUGUACUACACUACGAAUUGGCAUGGAAUGAUUUUCCUAUUCAGCAUGCUAGGAAUUACACCGCUAGCUGAGCGGUUGGGUUAUGCAACUGAGCAGCUCGCCAUAUACACUGGACCAACACUUGGAGGCCUUCUGAAUGCUACGUUUGGAAAUGCGACAGAAAUGAUCAUAGCAAUAUAUGCUUUGAAAAAUGGAAUGAUCCGAAUAGUUCAGCAAUCACUAUUGGGUUCUAUAUUAUCGAAUAUGCUAUUGGUAGUCGGCUGUGCUUUCUUUGCUGGUGGUAUUGUUCAUCGCAAUAAAGACCAAGUCUUCAGCAAGGCAAAUGCUGUUGUUAACUCAGGUUUACUGUUGAUGGCUGUUAUGGGACUGAUGUUUCCUGCUGUCCUUCAUUUCACACAUUCAGAAGUGCAGCAAGGAGCUUCUGAGGUUGCUCUUUCAAGGUUCAGUAGUUGUAUUAUGCUUGUGGCAUAUGCAAGCUAUCUUUAUUUUCAACUAAGUGGACGGAACAACAGUUACACUCAACUUGGCAAUGAAGAAAUGCCCAAUGAGGAUGCCACCGAGGAAGAUGAAGAGAUAGAGCUUAGCAUGUGGGAGGCUAUUACAUGGCUUGCAGUGUUAACGAUAUGGAUUUCUGUCCUUUCUGAGUACCUGGUUAAUGCCAUUGAGGGAGCAUCAGAUUCAUUGAACCUACCGGUGGCUUUUAUCAGUGUGAUUUUGCUUCCUAUCGUGGGCAAUGCAGCUGAACAUGCUAGCGCAAUAAUGUUUGCCAUGAAAGAUAAGCUUGACAUAACGAUAGGUGUUGCAAUUGGAUCAUCAACGCAGAUAUCAAUGUUUGUGAUUCCAUUUUGUGUUGUCGUUGGUUGGAUGAUGGGGCAGAAGAUGGACUUGAAUUUUCAACUGUUUGAGACAGCAACUCUCUUCAUAACAGUGCUUGUCGUGGCAUUUCUGCUUCAGGAUGGCAUCGCGAACUAUUUGAAAGGAUUUAUGCUGAUUCUGUGUUAUCUAAUAGUUGCUGCAAGUUUCUUUGUUCAUGUUGAUCCACAAUCAAGCGAUGAUGAUUGACGCUAGCAGCAACUACACUGUAAUUACUGUACCAAAUACCCUUGAAGAUCCGCUAAUCGUAUUAUGAUGAGCUACUAGGCUAUGCUCCUCCAUAGAAAAGCUGAGCCUUCCUGAAGCAGCAUCUUGGGAGGAGCAUCACGUCUUGUUGGUUCUUUCCUGUACUGCGGGAGGAUUCCUCGCGACUCUCUUGCCAACUGCCUUUUGAGGAGCAACUAGUGGUAAUCAUAGUAAUGUAUACAGAAACAACAAGACCGCCCACUGUAGAGUGUUGUAUUCAAUUUGUUGAGUUAAAAAGCCCUUUUUUUUCUUUCUCUAUUUCUUUUAAUCUUGGGUUGGUCUGUUGGCUACAAAUAUAUGUUCUUCAGUCCUACAGAUACGUGUGAAUAUUGGUCGAGGACAGUCAAUUUUCAUGGUGGGUAUAUUACCUAAUAUCGUGCCAGACUUUCAACUUA